GGGAUUAUUUUGUGGAGCUGAAUACGAACAUUGCGUCACACCUCGUGUUUCGUUUAGAAUUGGGACCUGAGUUGUCGUACUACCAUCUUUUUGCCUUUGCAGUAAUAAUCUUCAAUCUAGUUAGAGAUUACAAACUUUUCUUAUUCAAGCUCGUUUAACUUAAUUAUAUCCUGGACUUUACACAAAUGGUCGCUGACGGCGAAUAUUCCGAUGUACACUUUCUGCAAUCUAAUAUUUCACUUUAUGAGGAUUCUUCUCUGAUAGACACUGGAACCUUAAAAAUAUCUGAGGAAUGUUUUACAUGGGAAGGUACAUCAAAAAAAUUCUUUAUUCCUUAUUCACAAAUAACCUUACAUGCUAUUGCCAGGAAUACGGUAGACCAGACUGGAGAUCAUCCCAAUAAUUUGUUUCCUCACCCACAUUUAUUAGUAAUGAUCGACGGAGAUCGUGUAUGGGAUUCAAAUAAUACUAAUAAUUUAUCUGAUACGAAGUCACAGAACGAGCAAGAUGGCAUGCAAAUUGAUGCAGAAGGUUCAGAUGAAGAAAAAGAAGACUCUGAUAGUGACCGCGCUCCAGACUGCCCUGGUUCUACGUCCGUCCUCCGCUUGGUUCCACAAGAUUCUGCACAGCUCGAAGACAUGUAUAAAGCACUAGCCGACUGUCAAGCAUUAAAUCCGGAUCCUGAAGAUGAUAAUUCAGACUUCGAGGGUUUUGCAGAAGAUGAUGAAUAUGAAAUUAAUAAUCAGGGUAUGGAAUUCGAAAACCAUACGAAUAAUAAUGGAAGAUUCGGUGAACCGGACCAGUUCGCAGAUGCCUAGCACUUUUUUGUAAAUUAAUUGAUGUAUUUUGUAAUUAACGGUUUAAAACAAAUAUAUUUCCCAUUUUAUUG